AUGGAUGAUGCUGAUGGGAAUUAUAUUGAAUGUUUAAGUCAAGGAGGCUCUUCUCCUUAUAAACCAAUGGAUAACCUAUUUCAAAUCUAUUCUGAUAAAGUUGGCAAAAAAUCUGAAUAAUAAAGAAGGUUCUUUAGUGGAUAAAAACAAGUUACCGAACCUAUUGAAUAAUUGAGUGUCAAUUCCAUUUCGAAUUCUGAGAGCAAACCAAAACCAUAAAAUAAGGAAGCUGUUCAAAUUUAGUUGAUCUCAUUUUACGAAUAAAACCUUCAAAACUUAAAGUAGAUGGUUAUAGAUAAAGAUGAAGAUAUCAAAAUCAGGGAUGAGAAAAUUCUUGAAUAAUCAAUUCUUAUCAAUCUCAUCAAUACUAAAUAUAAUAAGAUUCUCAACCUUUUGUAAUAAGAAAGGGAUGAAAUAUUUGAAAAAUACAUGCAAGCCAUGGAUGAAAUACAAAAUCUAAGUCAAAAGUAUUAAUAACAAUAGCAAUAACAAUAAUAAUAACUUCUAUCAAUGUAAUAAAAGAUCUAGCAAUAAUUGCAAUAAUAAAUAACAUAGCAUCUCUAAAAUUUUUAAGUUCCUAUAGAUUAUGAUUCCAAAUUAAUUGAACUUCAUGAAGCCAAAUAGCAGGUUAAUUAUUAUAAGAAUUAAUGCAUUAAUUUGGAAGUAAAGGUCAAAGAAACAGAAGUGAAAUUAGAAGAUUCGAAUUUAAGAUUGAAUGAAGCCUAUAUCAGAAUUGAUCUUCUUGAGAAAGAAGCCAGAAAUGUCUCAUAGUAAAAUGUUAUGUUAGAUAAAUAGUUUAAAUCAUUAUUAUAACAAUUUGAAUAGUAUUAAUAAAUCUAGAAAAAGCAAAGUUAAUAAUUUUAAUUCCGUGAAGCUACAAGCAUGAUGAGUAGUGCUUACAGUAAUUAAUCAAAUAGCGAGCAAUAAAUUCUUCAGAAUGUAAAUUAGAAUGGUUCAAAGCAUGAAUAACUCUAAGAGAAUGAUAAUCUAAUAAACGCUUACACUUAAUUUAAAAAAUAGAACAGUCUUAAAUAAUUUAAUCAGAUGUUGGUUUAAUCGUAAAUCAAAUAAUAAAAUGGGAAAUAAGACAAUUAAUAAAUCUCCUAUAACCAAGGAGGAAUAUUAAAUUUUCCAUCUGAUUUUCGCACUUAAUAAUAGAAAGAUUUAGAACUAUAAUUAACUAAUUAGCUGAAUGAGUUGACUAUAAAAAAAUAAACAUUAGAAAGUGAAUUAAAUAAAAAGAUCAAUGUCUCAAAAAGUGCUUUAGAAAGAAGAAAAAGAGAAUAGCUUGAACAAGAGUUGGAUUAAAUUUAAGAUUAAAUUAACAAAGUCAAACUAAAAUUAAGAGAAAAUAAAUUUAUUUGA